UAUAUGGUACACCAAAAAUCGACGAAUUACCCAUCACUGCUCUAGUCUUCUUGCUCCAGGCCAACUCCUUUUUACACUAAUUUCCAUUUCGUAGUUAAAGCUGGUUGAAGUCCAUGUUUAUAGCCAUAUAGGCUGUCAAGAUAUUUCUUAUUUCAUCGGCAAAGGAAAGCUUAUGAAUCAUACUGAUUUAUUCAGUCAAAAAUAUGAGCGAUAAGCAACGCACUAGUUCGUUGGAAAGCCCAGUUAAUCAAGAUGAGCUUAUUCUCCAGCAACAAAGAAGCAUUGAAAAAGAGAUUUCUGAAUCAAUUCCUCUCGUAGGAGAUAAAGAGUCAUUAAAAGACCUUGAAAAAGAAUAUGAAGGAGAUGAAAUAUAUCUAUCAAAGGUGAAAGUUCUUGGUCAAAAAUAUUCUCAUAUUAGGCGGACAAGGCCUGAUGGAAAUUGUUUCUUUCGUGCGUUCAGUUAUGCAUAUCUGGAAAAAUUAAUCAAUAACAAAGAUGAAUACAAUAAGUUUUGUGAUCUCGCAUCUAAGAGCAAAGAUAAUUUGGUUGCAUUGGGAUUUCCACACUUCACGGUUGAAGAUUUUCAUGAUACUUUUAUGGAAGUUAUCAAAAAAGUCGGUGGAGAAACUGACGUGAGUCGAUCUGAACUACACAGGUUUUUUAAUGAACAAGGCUAUUCGGAUUAUAUUGUUGUCUACCUUCGAUUAAUAACAUCCGGUCAAUUGCAAAAAGAAGCUGACUUUUAUCAAAACUUUAUCGAAGGAGGACGAACAGUGGUUGAGUUUUGUCAUCAGGAAGUCGAGCCUAUGUAUAAAGAAUCAGAUCAUAUUCAUAUCAUUGCAAUGAGCACUGCCUUGAAUACUGGUGUGAGAGUUCGUUAUAUGGAUCGUGGAGCUGGAACAGAAGUCACAGCACAUGAUUUCCCGGAAGGUUCUACGCCAGCAGUACAUUUGUUGUAUCGCCCCGGUCAUUAUGACAUCUUAUAUCCUUGAUAAUUUUUGAAAAUGUUAAUGAUAAAAAACUUUUCCAAAAUAUAUUACAGAAAUAAAU